GGAUGCUAACAAGCUGCUGACAUAUAAACAGGCUGCUAACGAUCUGCUAACAGAUGCACAGGCUGCUAACAGAUGCACAGGAUGCUAACAAUCUGCUAACAUAUAAACAGGCUGCUAACAUGUUGCUAACAGAUGAACGGGCUUCGAACAUAAUGCAAACAGAUGAGCAAGCUGCUAACUUUAACAAGCUGCUAACAUGCUGCUAACGGGUGAACAGGCAGCUAACACGUUGCUAACAGAUAAACAGGCAGCUUACAUGAUGAAAACAGAUGAGCAAGCUGCUAACUUUAACAAGCUGCUAACAUGUUGCUAACAGAUAAACAGGCAGCUAACAUGAUGAAAACAGAUGAGCAAGCUGCUAACUUUAACAAGCUGCUAACAUGUUGCUAACAGAUAAACAGGCAGCUAACAUGGUGAAAACAGAUGAGCAAGCUGCUAACUUUAACAAGCUGCUAACAUGUUGCUAACAGAUAAACAGGCAGCUAACAUGAUGCAAACAGAUGAGUAAGCUGCUAACAGACUAGAUGUCUAAUUGUAAAACACUACAUUCAGUGGAGAAGGAUUUUGCGUCAGGUCAUUUUGAAUGUGUGUUAUUGAAUUAUGGAGGAUGAUGAACUUCCGUCAGAGGAUGGGAUGGGUGGGCGUGGCUCUCUACCUGCUGCUCAGCAUCAUGGCGGUGUACUACGUCUUUGAGGUGCACACACUCAGUUUGGAGCGUGUGCAGGGAGGCGGGGCCAGUCUGUCAGCUCCACCCUCUGCUUUCACCUGGUCUCACCUACUGUCUCUUCCUGUCUGGAUGUGGGUGUCGGUCUUCCUGCUGCCUUACCUCCAGCUCUUCCUCUUCCUGUUCUCGUGCACGAGAGCCGACCCCCGUGCUGUCGGUUACUGCGUACUUCCUGUCUGCAUCGCCUUGCUGUGUAGUCGCCGCCACGCCACCCGGAGGCCAACAAAUCACAGGGCAGGGUCAGUGAUUGACACAUAGCGAGGACCAAUCUGCGAGGCCGCAGUGGCUCUGGACUCUUAGCGUUGCACGUGAUGUAAUUUCCUGGGUGCCUUUUGAACAGUAACAUUCCCAUUGGACGUAAACCCUCCACCCUGACCCGACUGGUGGUCAUUGCUGCCCUCAGUGACGACUGACAGGACCUCUGAAACUCAAUCAUUUUGUUGUGAAAUCCCAGACAGUCCUGGGCUGUGAUUGGCUGGAGGGUGUUGAAUAUGGUGACAGCGGCACAUCCAGUAAUCACACCUACUUUAACCAGUUACCUGAAACAAGGUUACUGUGCCAUGGUUUCCGCAGGUUAAUAUUUAGAACAGAGGUUUUCUAUUUCUAAUGUAACAUGUGUCACAUCACACACACUGGUUACCAUGACAAGUCUAAACACAAAUUAAAAGUCUUUAUAAACAUUGAAA